GUACAUGUUUAUUUUGAAUGGUUCUUCGCGAGCUCGCAAUCCUCUCGAUCUGUUUCUUUCGCAGAUCCGAUUCGUUGCAAAAAGUGAUGGAAUGUGUGUAUGAUGGGCACCGUAUCAAGAGAGCAGUGAAAUUCACGCGCGAAAUUACAAGAAAACGGCGCGCCGGAAUUUCUUCGGAUUUGAUGUUUUUGUAUUACUGAUCAUCAACAAUAUGCCAGGUCAACGAUCAAUAACCUCUUUCUUUUCGUCACCAAAGCCGAAGCCUUCAUUACCUCCAGAUGCAGUCAAAGAGAAUAAAACCAGUGAUAAAAAGGUUCGUUCUCCCCUUCAUGCAAGGAACGGAUCACCUCCGAACGAGGAACCAGCUCGUAAGAAAGCUAGGAGGAUUCUGGACAGCGAUAGUGAAGAAGAAGAAAAUGAAGACAAGAAACCAGUCAAGAUGGAAUGCGAGGAGGAGGAACAGAGCAGGAAAGAAGACGUGAAUGAGAAGAAAACAGAUGUUGAGAUGACUUCUCCAAGUGUCAAAGCAGAACCACAGAUUACUUCUCCAAGCAUCAAAACCGAACCUCAGACUCCAACGUCCACUAAGAAGGAUGUUCCUCUCAGAAAGACAGCUCGAAAGCAUAUGAGGAAGAGAGAUUCACCUCCUAAACCGGUCAAAGAAGAAUCUAAAGACCUUGAAGAAGAGAAGAUGGAGGAAGAAAACAUUAAGACUGAAGAGAAGACUACUUUAAAGGUUAAAGAGGAGCCUACAUCACCGACAGAAAAGAAAAAGAAUGAAGACAAAUCACCUUCCAAAAAAUCCCCCAAACCAAGCAAAGUAAAAUCGCCCAGCAGCGACAAGAAGUCCAAGAAAUCUAAGACUGAAACAGCAAAGAAAGAAAAACAAGUAAAGAAGGAAGAAAAACCUGUAAAAGAGGAAGAAAAAUCAGUGGAGAUGAAAGAAGAACCAAUGGAGAAGAAGGAAUCUAAGAAAUCCACUGAGAAAGAUGUUAAAAAAGAAAAGGAGGAACCAGCAAAGGAGAAAGAAACCAAAAAGUCGAAUACAUUCACAUGGGGCAGCAGCAGUAAAAAAUCUGAUGACAAAAGCUCUGGAACUAGUUAUAGACCCGGUUCUGCAUCCUAUCAUCCUGUGGAAAGUGCAUGUUGGAAAAAAGGAGAGAGUGUUCCAUACAAGGCUCUGGCUGACACAUUCUCAAUCAUUGAAGACACAAGUGGAAGAUUAAAGACCAUUGAGAUCUUGUCUGAUUUCUUGACCUCUGUAAUGCUGCUGACCCCCGAUGAUGUUAAGCUGUGUAUCUACCUAUGUCUUAAUAAGUUAGCACCUGCUUAUGAAGGUCUUGAGCUUGGUAUCGGUGAGACCGUCCUCAUGAAGGCCAUCGCACAGGCCACAGGGCGAUCAGUAGACAAGCUGAAAGUUGCUGCUGCAGAAAAGGGAGAUUUAGGACUGGUAGCAGAGAGCAGUAGAAGUACACAACGUACCAUGUUCACCCCUCCAAGACUGACCAUCAAGAAAGUCUUCUCUAAACUCAAAGAUAUUGCCAACCUUAGUGGGAAUUCAAGUAUGUCAAAGAAAGUUGAUCUGAUUAAAGGACUGCUAGUGGCCUGUAAGGAUUGUGAAGCUAGAUAUCUCAUCAGGUCACUUGGAGGGAAAUUGAGGAUUGGUCUGGCAGAGCAGUCUGUUCUUGUAGCCCUAGGUCAUGCUGCUGUCUUAGCCAAGCCAGAGUCAGAUGAGAUGAUCCUAAAGAGCAAGGUUAAUACCUCAGAGAAAGUCAAGAAAGCUAUGGAAGAAGCAGCUCUUCUUGUCAAAACAGCAUACUGUGAGAUGCCAACGUACGAUGCCCUGAUUCCAGUGUUGAUGACCCACGGAGUGACGGAGCUUCCCAAUCACUGUCGUCUGACUCCAUCGAUUCCUCUAAAACCUAUGUUAGCUCAUCCCACCAAAGGAGUAUCAGAGGUCCUAGAUAGAUUCCAAGAUACGCCCUUUACUUGUGAAUACAAGUAUGAUGGUGAACGGGCUCAGAUUCAUCUGCUUGAAUCUGGUAAGAUUCACAUAUAUAGCAGGAACCAAGAAGACAACACAACCAAAUAUCCUGAUAUCAUUGCAAGGCUCUCUGCAGCUGUUGACGAGAAGGUAACAUCGUGUAUCCUGGAUUCGGAAGCAGUUGCUUGGGAUCCAGAGAAGAAACAGAUCUUACCAUUCCAGGUCUUGAGUACGAGGAAAAGGAAGGAUGCUGAUGCCGGAGAUAUUAAGGUCCAAGUCUGCGUCUUUGCUUUCGAUCUUCUUUACCUCAAUGGAGAACCCCUGGUAAGGAAACCUCUCAGAGAACGUAGAAGUCUAUUGAGAGAUCACUUUAAGGAAGUAGAAGGAGAAUUCAUCUUUGCCAAGUCCAUGAUCUCCUCCGAUACUGAUGACAUUGCUGAAUUCUUAGAGGAAUCUGUCAAAGGAAACUGUGAAGGUCUAAUGGUGAAAACAUUGGACAAGGAUGCAACCUAUGAGAUAGCAAGACGAUCACAUAAUUGGCUCAAGCUGAAGAAGGACUACUUGGAUGGAGUUGGAGAUACUCUGGAUGUGGUUGUGAUUGGUGGUUUCCAGGGGCGUGGCAAGAGAGUCGGUUGCUAUGGGGGUUUCUUACUCGCAUGCUACGAUGAAGAGAAUGAAGAGUUUCAAUCUAUCUGUAAGAUUGGAACUGGCUUCAAGGAAGAAGAGUUGGAGAAGCACACAAAGUUCUUCAAGGAUCAUGUUAUUGAGAAACCGCGCCCAUACUAUAACUACGACAGCAGUGUAGCCCCUGAUCAUUGGUUUGAUACGGUACAAGUAUGGGAGAUCAAAGCUGCCGAUCUCUCGGUCUCGCCCGUACACAAGGCAGCUAUAGGAAUAGUUGAUCCAGCGAAGGGUAUUUCUCUACGAUUUCCAAGAUUUAUCCGUAUCCGUGACGACAAAAAGCCAGAGGAGGCAACAGGGGCAGCUCAGGUGGCUAGCAUGUACAACAAUCAGGAUCAGAUCAAGAAUCAACAAGCAAAUAAAUCCAGCAAAACAGAGGAAGAUUUCUAUUAAACCCCUCUCAGUGGAAAUAGGACCAGCUGAUCAAAGGAGGACUUCAACUAAACAUGGGCUAGCAAAUCAAAUAGAUCAUCUAACAAACAAAACCAGCAAACAGAGGAAAUUUCAUAAUAAACCCAGCUCCAGGUAAAUAGACAAAGAUUUCUAUUAAACUGAAGUAUGUAAAAUCAGGAAUGAAUGAGUGGACAAGCCACAAGAAUUUAACCAAUCAUCAUUAGCUCUAAUUCAAUUUGACGGCAAACAUUGCUUUUGUGGCAGACAAUUCACAUGUGGAACUGACAUUUCAAAUGCAUCAACAUCAGCUUGAUUCUAAGGCUUCCAUCUUAAUGUACUCCCAUAGUUCUGUCUACAGUUUAUGGUAAUAAAUGAAAUUGACUGCUUCCCUUGUGAAUGUCACUGUCUUGUUUAUACUGUUCAUAUUUAUCAGUAAUGUUUCUCUUUUCUGGAAAAAAAUAAUAUCUGAAUGAUUUAACAAAAGCUUUACAAAAUUUAAUUAUGUCGUAAGAUACAACUACUUGUGGAAACAAUUUAAAUUACCUCUGGAUUUCAUUUCCAAGCACCUAAUUUCACCAUAUCACUCCUUUCUCAUUCAAAUAAGCUGUUUAGUUAGUUUUUGUGAUGUAUAACCUUUUCAAUAAUUUUUUACCAAUAGAGUGAAUCGGUUUUGCAUACAUACCUUGGAAUGUGGUGAAAUAAACCUUUAUUUGGGGGUAAUUUCAAUGUGUAAAUAACUCAGAGUUUGUACAAAAGCAUUAUGAAAUAAUCAAUUGUAAAUUACAGCAGCAUUUUUAAUGUAUUUAUGUUUGUGUGAAUUUGUCUGGAAUUUUCUUUUUUAGAUAGAGAGAUGUAGGAGAUCAAGUAGAAUGAUGCAAUCAAAAUUACAUCAUUCACUUGAAUUAUUGAAUAGAUUUGAUAAGAUAAAGCAUAUAUCUAUUCAAGAAAAGUCUAGGAAACACUGAAAAGUGUUCAGGAUAAUAAUUUUUGUGUAUGCAUUUGAUCGUAAAACAUGGCAAUCAAUUUUUUUGAUUUUUCUAUCAUAUUUCCUAAAUCAUUGUUGUAAAUGGACAUACUGCAUUGUCGUGAGAAGUAGUUUAUACAGUGCGUCCCACAAAAAAGGAAAUCAAUUUUCAGAGAGUUUUCACAAUCAUUAAAUACGUUUUUACUAUAAA